UAUGAAGGCAUUGAUGUGACUGAAGAAUAAAUUUAGAUCCCCACAAUAAAUAACGAAAUCUUUACUCUCAUCCGCUAACGAUAAUAUUUUUACUGUUCGUAAUGGCUUGUUCUAGAUUUUUCUCGAAAAGGCUGGUACGUUUUGAGAAUAUUUCACCUGCCCAGCAACAAAAUGCACAGUCUAAUAACAUGCGCGCUUCCUUCACAUGCUUCACGUUGCGCGAACGCGUUCAAUGCUGGUCGGCUAACUUGUUAUCUAGUGUUAUUUGUGUGGGUAGCGUCCCCAGACGUUACCUCUGGUCAGCCAAGCCUAUCAUCACCAAAUGUUCUCAUCCUCAUUGCUGAUGAUCUCGGCAUCGGUGAUGUUGGCUGCUUCGGCAACACUACCAUCAGGACGCCUGCAAUUGACAGGUUGUGUAGGGAAGGCGUGGCGCUCACGCACCACUUGGCGGCCGCCGCUCUCUGCACCCCCAGCCGCGCCGCUCUCAUGACAGCGCGAUACCCGCAGCGAUAUGGAAUGGUAGGUGCAGCCUCAGGCGGCCCACCUGUCCUCGUGCACGUAGCUAGCAGAGCUGGAUUGCCCUCUUCAGAACCAACAAUCGGAAAGGCGUUUGCAGCGGCCGGCUACAGAACUCACUUCACGGGCAAAUGGCACUUGGGCAGUGGAUGCGGGUUUCUUGGCCGCUCCUGUCAAGGCCCGCUGGCGCACGGCUUCAAUUCCACCUUCUACCUCCCCAACACCCUCUUCGAGCGCGCCAACGUAGAGGGCUCAUUUUGGGUCUGGCCGGAAGAAGAUUUCCAUUAUCACGCCUUGGUAGGCACGAGCGCAGCCGUGCUCGCAGUGGCGGUGUUGCUGAAGCGCCUUAAAUUCAACGUCGCUGCCGCUGUCGUGGUGACGUCGCUGCUGGUCGCUGCGCCGGCCGCCUGGUUCCUGCUCACGCACUACAGAUUCCACACACCGCGCUGGUAUCAGGUCUCGGAAUGGAUGGACUUCAACUUAAACUUCGUGGUUAUGAGGCAGACGUCAGUGCUGCAUCAGAGAGCGCCACUGGAGUCGCUUAGCAUGGAUAUGGUGCGAGCCACUGUCGAUUUCAUGCGCGCCGAGGCAGCGUCUGGUCGCAGCUUCUUGGCGGUACACGCGUUCUCGCACCCUCACACGCCUCUCGUAUGCGCGCCUCACAACCGAGGCCGGAGUCGACAUGGCAGGUAUGGUGACGCCGUCGAGGAGCUGGAUGAAGGCGUAGGUCUGCUGCUCGCGGCACUGGAUGACAUGGCUCUGUAUAACAACACCAUCGUCUACUUCACGUCAGACCACGGCGGCCACUUGGAGGCGCUCGGGGCUGAUGGCCAGCGGACGGGUGGUUAUAACGGACUCUUUAAAGGUGGGAAGUUUCAAGGGGGAAUGGAGGGCGGGAUCAGAGUACCCGGUGUGUUGAGGUACCCCGGGGUGGUACGUGAUGGUUCCAAGUUGUCAUCUCCUACAUCCUUACUGGAUGUUCUGCCUACGCUGCUUGAGCUCUCGGGCUUGCCAAGCGUGCGUGAACUGCUGCCCGAUGCAGCACAGCCGCUGGACGGGCUAAGCCUGAGCUCCCUGCUGACUGGCGCAGGCGGCGCUACGGAGGACCCCACGAGGGGGCGGCUGCUGCUGCACCACUCCGGCAUGUUCGUCGACGCCAUCAGAUACAACACAGGCGAGCACGUGUACGUCGCAAGUAAUGACGUACACGUGUCCAGGCGAGCACGUGUACGUCGCAAGUAAUGACGUACACGUGUCCAGGCGAGCACGUGUACGUCGCAAGUAAUGACGUACACGUGUCCAGGCGAGCACGUGUACGUCGCAAGUAAUGACGUACACGUGUCCAGGCGAGCACGUGUACGUCGCAAGUAAUGACGUACACGUGUCCAGGCGAGCACGUGUACGUCGCAAGUAAUGACGUACACGUGUCCAGGCGAGCACGUGUACGUCGCAAGUAAUGACGUACACGUGUCCAGGCGAGCACGUGUACGUCGCAAGUAAUGACGUACACGUGUCCAGGCGAGCACGUGUACGUCGCAAGUAAUGACGUACACGUGUCCAGGCGAGCACGUGUACGUCGCAAGUAAUGACGUACACGUGUCCAGGCGAGCACGUGUACGUCGCAAGUAAUGACGUACACGUGUCCAGGCGAGCACGUGUACGUCGCAAGUAAUGACGUACACGU